UUUCCAAAGAACAAAAUAGCCUUUUUGGGAAUUCCGACGGCUACAUUGAUGUUACAGGUGCGAUUACCACACAAAUCUCUUGCGGAUAAUACCGAGCUUCGGUUGCGAGCUGGAACUCUGUCAACGGAAUUGAGCUGUCCAAUUUGCCUAGAUCUACUGACUCAAACAAUGACUACAAAGGAAUGUCUUCAUCGAUUUUGUGCAGAUUGCAUCACGACUGCUCUUUUUCGAGGAAACAAAGAGUGCCCAACAUGCCGAAAGAAAUUAGUUUCGAAACGUUCUUUGAGGCCGGAUCCUAACUUUGAUUCACUAAUUGCAAAGAUAUGGGCGUUCCGAAAUUCUUAUGUACACGGAAAACCUCUAUUCUUGGAGCAUGUGUUCUUAUCUAUGGCUAACCCGUAUUCAUCUCAUUCACUAAUGUCCACUAUAACAGAAUUUCAAUGUGAUUUAUAG